CUUAUAGUCACACAGAGUCCUCCAACCAUGGCACUUCCCUUCACUUACCACGCCAAGGCGCAAUCCACCUUCAAGCCGCCGCUUAUCGCAAAUGAGAACGCCUUCUUGGGUGAUGUGCAAUCAAGCGAGAACGAGAACCCAGACAAGCCCAUGUCAUGCGGCUUUUACCGACUGGAAAAGGGCACACCCCUCGUCUACACCUACACCUACGACGAAAUGAAGAUUAUUGUCGAGGGCAAGUUCGAGAUUGCGGACGAGACGGGCCAGAAGGUUACGGCGACUCCGGGCGAUGUGUUUUAUUUCCCCAAGGGGGCCAAAAUCACCUUUACGACGGAUGACUAUGGGCUGGCGUUCUAUACUGGCCAACGGAAGCAGGGUGCUGCGUGA